GCCGGGGCGGGGCGUCCGGCCAGCUGAGCUGCUCAGGCUGACCGCGCCAGUUUGAAUGAAAGCUCCGCAAGAUGGCGGCGGCCGGAGCCGAGGCCCCGAGAGGUGAGGCUGGAGCUCAGUGUCACCGGCCGCCAGGUCCGCUCCCGAGGCCCAAGCCCAGCCGGACGGCGAUGUGGGCGGGACGCCGCCGCGCGGACACCCCGAGCGCGGUACCCUCGCGGCCGGCUACGGACCCGGGACGCGGCGGCUCCGUGCGAGCGUGGGUCCGAGUCCCGCGGGCCCGGGUCCUGGGUGGCGUCUGUGCACGCGCCGCCUCUUUCAAGGCCUGGUGUGUGCCUUGCCUAGUUUCACUUGAUACUCUUCAGGAAUUAUGUAGAAAAGAAAAGCUCACAUGUAAAUCGAUUGGAAUCACCAAAAGGAAUCUAAACAAUUAUGAGGUGGAGUACUUGUGUGACUACAAGGUAGUAAAGGAUGUAGAAUAUUACCUUGUAAAAUGGAAAGGAUGGCCAGAGUCUACGAAUACUUGGGAGCCCUUGAGCAACCUCAGGUGUCCACAACUGCUGCAGCAGUUCUCCAGUGACAAGAAUAGUUUCUUAUCUCGGGUAAAGAAAGGGAAGGCAAUCACUCCAAAAAACAGUAGGACAUCCUUGCCACCUGCUGUCGCUGAGUACAUUGUAAAGAAAGCCAAGCAAAGAAUAGCUCUCCAGAGAUGGCAAGAUUACCUCAACAGAAGAAAGAACCACAAAGGGAUGAUAUUUGUUGAAAAUACUGUUGACUUGGAGGGCCCACCCUUAGACUUUUACUACAUUAACGAAUACAGGCCAGCUCCAGGAAUCACCAUAAACAAUGAAGCUACCUUCGGAUGUUCAUGUACAGACUGCUUCUUGGGAAAGUGUUGUCCUGUUGAGGCCGGGGUUGUUUUGGCUUAUAAUAAGAACCAACAAAUUAAAAUCAAACCUGGCACUCCCAUCUACGAAUGUAACUCAAGGUGUCAAUGUGGACCUGACUGUCCCAAUAGGAUUGUACAAAAAGGCACACAGUAUUCACUGUGCAUCUUUAGAACUAGCAAUGGUUGCGGCUGGGGUGUAAAAACCCUUGUGAAGAUUAAAAGAAUGAGUUUUGUCAUGGAAUAUGUUGGAGAGGUGAUCACAAGUGAAGAGGCUGAGAAGCGUGGACAGUUAUAUGACAACCAAGGAAUCACCUAUCUUUUUGAUCUGGACUAUGAAUCUGAUGAAUUCACAGUGGAUGCAGCGCGAUAUGGAAAUGUGUCCCAUUUUGUGAAUCAUAGUUGUGACCCAAAUCUUCAGGUGUUCAGUGUCUUCAUCGAUAACCUUGAUACUCGGCUUCCCAGGAUAGCACUGUUUUCCACAAGAACCAUAAAAGCUGGAGAGGAGCUGACUUUUGAUUAUCAAAUGAAAGGUUCUGGAGAAUUGUCUUCAGAUUCUGUGGACCACAGCCCUGCCAAAAAAAGGGUCAGAACUGAAUGUAAAUGUGGGGCUGAGACUUGCAGAGGUUACCUCAAUUGAAACUUCAGGAAAUGGAGCACAUGAUUGUGUUUUGUUCUAAGAACUGAAAAAGUAUUUUCUUUUAUUAUUUCUAUUAUCAAGAUUAUAUGUAUGUUAAUAUACAACUUGUGUCUCAAGAUAUUUGCAAAGUACAUUACUGUUGCUUUUGAAGAGGACUGCAGGGGCUGGCCACAUAAGCAGAAUAUAUUUGGUGGUUACAUACUAAACAUGGAAAGUGAACUAUUUGCAAAUCACUGUGUACUUCUUAAUAGGCAAGUAUCCCCUUUAGUGUCUGAAAAGCAAUGAGGCAAUGGCUGUUGAUAUAAAACCUUUUAUCUUGACUCAAAUAGAUAAUUCAGUUUAGGCAAAUGUACAAAUUUUAUUUUAUUUUUUUAUUAUAUUGUUCCUGCUUAAUAUUCACUGAUCUUGUAUUUGAGACAAGUAAGCGGCACUGAAUUUUUUUUACUGUAUUUUCUACUUUUACAUUAAAACAUUGACAUCUUAAUGAUAUAUUUCAGGUAUAAAAAGAAAUGUGAAGGAUAUUCUUUUAGCUUGAUCUCAUUCUAAAGCAAUAGAGACCAUUACAAAGACUGUAUGUCUGAACCUGAAAUUUUUAGAUUUUUAAUCCUGCUGAAGAAAAAUUUCUAAAACACCUUCUCUAGAAGUCCAUAGUGGCUGGCCAUUAUGCUUCUUUGCAAGGACAUAGCAGUGUGGCCAAGAGGACCCGCUGGGAGUGCCAGGCAGGGUAAAUGAGUACAGAAUGAGCCACAGCGUGAAUUCUCAUCUGAACAGAAGAGCAACAGCCUCGGAGAGCACUUGUCCCUAAUGGCAGUGUAAUUCACAUCACAUUACUGUCACUGACAGGCAGUUUUAAUAUUUCCUUUCCACUCAAUUUAAUUAUUUUUGCAUUUUCUGUAUGUCCUUGAAAAAUAACCUAUAUUUGAACAGAUAUUGUUUUAUACAAGAAUUUUUAAAUGGAUAAUACUGAGUUUGGCCAAGGUUAUGUCUUAUUGAAUUUUUAUUAAUCUGUGGGGAUUAGAUGGGAUUUUCCCAUGUAUAAAACACAAUAAAG